UGAGAGAGAUAAAGAGAGAACAUUUCAAAGGUUUCUGCUUCUCUGCAUCAAUCUUCUAAUUCUUUCCUUCUGAUAAUAGCAGGUUUUAAGGUGAGACUGUGAGACAGAGAACCCAUUUUAAGUAUGUAAAUGACUCUGUCAGGAAGCUAGAUUUCCUUUCUUUGCACUGCCUUCCAUAUUAUGAAUCUCAACUUUACAAGAUUGUUUAGGAGGAGAGUUACAGUACAAAAACCCUCAUUUUCUUUUCUUCCAAACAGAUCUCUCUCCCUCUCCCUUUCUUUUCUUCCUAGAAAAAAACCCAUCUGUUCAAAAUGAGGGACAUAGCUUCUUGUUUGAGUGAAAAUGCCAUAAAUGUUUCUCAUUCUUCUUGUUCUUCUUAUCCCAACAAUUCUUGUAUUUCUCCACGCCUAACCCCAUCUGUUCAGAAUUCUGUCACUUGUGUCUACAAAGUGAUUCUCUCCAAUCAGAAGAAACUUCUGAUCAAAGUCACUUGGUGCAAGAACCAGACCACUCAAGGCCUCACCAUAAAUUUCAACAAUGACAGUUCAACAUCUUUCAAGCUCAAUACAAAUUCGAGGCUAUUCAGGAAGAAGAAAGGCAGCAAAACAAUCGAAUCCGAUAAGAUCGAAGUCUUCUGGGAUCUUUCCAAUGCUAAAUAUGACACAGGACCUGAACCUGUUGAUGGGUUUUACUUACUUAUCAUGGUUGAUUCAGAGAUGGGCCUUAUUUUGGGUGAAGAAGCCAUGACCAAGAAGUUCAAAACCUGCAAUCCAGCAGCCAAAGUGAGUCUAAUUUCAAGGCAGGAGCAUUGUUCAGGCAACACUUUGUAUACAACCAAGGCUCAGUUCUGUGACACUGGAAUUCCACAUGACAUUUUGAUUAGAUGUAGUGGAGAGAAUGAAGGUCCAAAGCAUCCAGUUCUGUCUGUUUGCAUCGAUAAAAAGACGGUGAUUCGGGUUAAGAGGCUGCAGUGGAAUUUUAGGGGAAACCAGGCAAUCUUUGUUGAUGGGUUGCUGGUUGAUCUAAUGUGGGAUUUACAUGACUGGUUCUUCAAUCCUGUUUCAGGACCAUAUGCUGUGUUCAUGUUCAGGACAAGAAGUGGAUUGGAUAGCAGGCUUUGGAUGGAGGAGAAGUUGGUGCAGAGACACCAAGAGAGAGCUGAAUUCUCCUUAUUGAUCUAUGCCUGUAAGAGCCUUUAAAGAAACUGAUUGACUUAGAUUUUCAAUUCUUUUGAUCAUAUCGUGACAAGAAAAUAACUUGAAAUUUGAUUUCAUGGAUUAGUUUCUGACUUGCAGAAUUGAGAGUUGAAGAAAAUAUGGCAAUUUGGUUCUGAUUAACUAUUGUCCUUUCUUCCUUGUUCAAUUGGCUUUCUUGCUAAUUUUGUUGUAAGUAUCAAAUCAUUAAAAAGGGUUUUCAAAAACAAAUGGGGGAUUUUGAAGCACAUCAAUGGAGAUUUUGCUGAAAAGGCCACUAUGAGAUGUUGAAAGAUAUGAGUGGAGAGAGGGCUCUUAUCCAUAAAUUGACAGA